CAAUCCGCUAGUCCUUGUAAUUCAUCGACUGUAUCCUUACCUAUGUAUAAAAUGCUGGAUAUUCUUCCUUUGCCAUCUACGACCGCAUUCCACAGUUCGAAAUCCUCUCCUCGCAAUGAAUUCCAGAACAGUUGACAUCACUCAAUUUGAAACCCGAAAUCUUCGACGCGAUACAAAUUUCUUCCAGCAGCUCGUUGCCUCUCCAGAAACCCUCAUUUCUUUGGCGCCUGCUCUCACCAAUGAUAGCCCAGAAAAUCUUUGUCGUCAUGGUAGCAGUUUGUUGGAACAAAAUCACAAUUCCAAAGACUUUUGUGCCACAACUAUGGAAGGAAACACGCUCUGUCCUUCAACGUCUAUGACAGCUCAAUCACUGUACCCGCCUUCGAAGCGCUGGGAUUGGAUCAAUGAUCACCAAAUCAUUGACAUCGAACAGGUUUUCUUGUCGGACGGCGCAAUUUGUGACGUUUAUCUGACGACGGCCAACAUCGGUGAUCGGCAAAUCAAGUAUAUUUGCAAGACUUGGCGCAUCCUGCAGAAUUGGGAUGGGGCGUUGUACUCGGAGCUUGCGUUGUACAAGAAACACAUGAAAAACCUCCAAGGCAACACCGUACCGUCAAUAAUUACAGUUCUCACAGGACCUACCACGCUCAGCGUGGCAAUGGAACCUCCCCAUAACUCUUUCUGGAUCGAAGCCAGUAUUGACAUGCCAUUGAUACUCAAAGAUCGUUGCGUUGAAGCAUUUCAGAAACUGCAUGAAUGUGGAGUUCUACACGGAGACGUAGAGCUUCGACAUAUGCUCAUUGGUGGCGACGGGAAGGUGACCAUCAUCGAUUUCCAAGAGAGUCGGGCUCUGGAAGCAAUAGAAGCAGUCCAUCUCAAACCUGCUACCCCCGCAGAACUGAGGAGGGAAAUGAGAAAGGUCAAGGUUAAGCUUGACUAUCCAGGAUGCAGAGAUUUGGAGUAUGGCAGGCUCCAGCGUUAUCACAGACGUCUACAAUCGUACAACGGGGAACGACAAGAGGAGGUGGAGGAGGGGGAUGACAGGGAAGAUGAUCUUCAGAAUCCUCCAAUUACAGAUAUUAGGGAGUGGGAAGACUGGGUCAAGACACCUUCAUUACCUCGACGGUUUGUGAUACCGGGGCAGACGCCUGCCAGAGUUUUCGAGGCUGUACAACACUUUCUAGGUAUCGUCGAUCCACUAGAGCCAAGGCGACACGAUAUGCAAGCACAUGAACUCACUCUCAAACGCAAUUCUUCUUCGAAACGUAGUAUUGAGAACGAAGAAAGCUCGGAACUAGCAUCGCCUCCCAAGCGUGUGCGUUAUCACGAGCCUGGUCUGCUAUCCAGUGGCGCAGACGAUCACCCCAGCUGUAUCAACGGCGUUGAAAAUUCACGUUCUCGAAAGCGUACUGUCUUAGAUGAAUUCGGCGACGCAGGCCCUCGCCGGAAACGUAUUCGUCUGGACGGUUAUUCAGAUCUCCUUCGACACCGAUCGGCUUUUAACUCGAACGCACCCGACAUCCCGCGUAGUUCAUUUCCUCCUCCUCAGGUCUACAUACCUGACCAUGCGACGACUCAACUUUCAACCCACUUUAACGUGCUAGAGCGUCAACCUAAACGUUCUUCCCCAACUUCGGAUGUGAUUUCCAUGCAUAAUCUAGCAUUAUGCGCUGUUGAGAAACUCCCCCAUCCUACGUUGGUGCAACUCUUUCCUAACCAUCCUCGUUGGCAAGAGCCGGAUGUCCGCCUCUACCUUAAUGAGCGUCUGCUUAAACGGCAAGAAUUGACCGGUAAAGCUAGGGCGUUUCCCAACAAGAUAUUUUUCUCCCCGGGCGCUGCGCAGUCGCGGGGUAAUCUAAGGCGCGCCCUGACGGAUAUCCGCAAGCGCAUCGGCUAUCCAGCUACCAUCCCCGUCGUGGAGUCAUUGUCCGAUGCCGACGCCGAUACCGAAUCUGAUACAAGUACAUUCUGUGGUGCUAGGGUGCGGUUCUCCUGUGGCGACCUCAUCCGAGAAUCUGGAACACUCAAUGACCACGAUAAAACGAUUCAUAUCUCUCGUCCACAGUCACGAACGGAUAUCCUACGGUGGCAUCGUCACCCAGUAUUUGGAUGGUUAAGAGAGUUCCUGAAUCUGUGGUAGACCUUUCGAUCUCCUUUUACAUAGUUAGUCUACUUUGGUGUAGUAUUAUUACCUUGCGUUCAAUUUGAAUGUCGGCUUGUCACAUGUUA